AUGAGCACGGUGGACUCCCGUCAGAUUUACCCAGAUAGUGUCGUUGCUAUUGAUGGAUUUCCGAAUAUGGGCGCAGAGGAAAUUGACGUGCAACGUCACAGAUUUCCUUUUUGCAUUGUGUGGACACCACUGCCACUGAUAACUUGGAUUUUCCCUUUAAUUGGACAUAUGGGUAUUGCUACAAGCAAGGGAAUUAUUCGUGAUUUUUCUGGGAGCUACUGUGUUUCUGAGGAUGAUAUGGGUUUUGAUUGGCCAACAAUGUACUGGAAAUUGUCGCCAGCGUCCGUUGAUGGAGGAGCUGAGAUGUAUGACAGAGCUAUACGUGAGGCAUCGGACGAAUACAAAGGAAGAAUGGUAUGAAG